GUUUUUCCCUGAAAUUUACCACCGUCUGGUAUACCACUUUUUGCGUGCCUGGGACUGCGUUACUUGGAUUGUAUACUACCUUUUGUGUCCCUACCGCUUGUUUCGGUACUAUCUUUCACGCCUCUGCCGCUUGGUUCGGGCUGUGAUCCAUCGACUUUGGCUUGCAAUUUGUUUCGCAUUCUUCAUUCUUAAAAUCGUGUUCUAUAUACUAAAAGACGCUUUUUACAGGCCGCCAUGGGAGGAGAACUUGACCGACGCAAUCUAAGCGAUAACGAAAAAUAUCAUAGCUCGGAGGCUUCCUCUUCCACCCACAACGAUGUUGUCCUGGAUCCAGCAACCGAAAAGGCCUUGACAGAGCAGAAGCCCGAGUUGGCGGCCAACCGUGACUCGGGGGCUACUCUACAACAUCAUGAGGAAGGACCGUACGAUAAGAUUGAACUUACCGAAGACGACUGUUACGAUGAGCUGGGCUACUCAUUCCCGGCAUGGCGGAAGUGGAUGAUUAUCAGCGUCAUCUUCCUUGUCCAGACAUCUAUGAACUUCAAUACCAGUCUCUACUCGAACGCUUUGGGCGGCAUCUCAGAAGAAUUUGGUGUCAGCAUGCAGGCUGCCCGUUGUGGUGCAAUGAUCUUCCUGGUUUUAUAUGCUUUCGGCUGUGAACUGUGGGCUCCCUGGAGUGAGGAACUUGGCCGCAAACCGAUUCUACAACUGAGUCUGUUCUUGGUUAACAUUUGGCAAUUGCCCGUGGCCCUCGCACCCAACUUCGCGUCGAUUAUGGUCGGACGUGCCCUGGGAGGCCUCAGUUCAGCCGGUGGUUCGGUCACAUUGGGUAUGAUCGCUGACCUCUGGGAGGCUGAUGACCAGCAAUAUGCCGUCGCCUGUGUUGUGUUUUCAUCCGUCGGCGGCUCUGUGAUUGGGCCCGUUGUAGGUGGAUUCGUCGAAGCGUACUUGCCCUGGCGCUGGAACAUCUGGAUCCAACUUAUCUUCGGAGGAUUCGUCCAGGUGGCGCAUUUCCUUCUCGUGCCUGAGACUCGAACCACAAUCAUGAUGGAUCGAAUUGCCAAGAAGAGAAGAGAGAGCGGCGAAGACCCCAACAUCUAUGGUCCCAACGAACUUGUUCCUUUCAAGGAACGUUUCUCGAUGAGCGAGGUUCUACAUACCUGGGUCCGCCCUUUCAAGAUGUUCUUGACUGAGCCAAUUGUCCUCACCCUCUCUCUUCUGAGUGGAUUCAGUGAUGCACUGAUCUUCAUGUUCAUUCAGUCAUUCAGCCUCGUCUACGAUCAGUGGAACUUUAGCACUGUGGCCCUCGGUCUGUCCUUCCUUCCAAUUCUGGUUGGAUAUUUCAUUGCGUGGUUCUCAUUCAUCCCUGUCAUCAAACGGAACAUCAAAGAGCGCCAGAACAAGCCCGACGAUGAACGUGCUCAGUACGAAUCUCGGCUUUGGUGGCUGCUCUAUACCGCACCCUGCUUGCCGAUUGGACUGAUUGGCUUUGCUUGGACCAGUCUUGGCCCCCCUGUCCACUGGAUCGGGACCAUGGUCUUCUCCGCUAUCGUUGGUAUCGCCAACUACAGUAUCUAUAUGGCUACCAUCGACUACAUGAUCUGUGCCUACGGACCUUACUCGGCUUCUGCGACCGGAGGUAAUGGAUGGGCGCGUGACUUCUUGGCCGGUGUUCUGACUAUCCCUGCUACACCCUUCUUCCAAAAUAUCGGUGGAAAGUACCAUCUUGAAUAUGCUUCCACGAUUUUGUUCUGCAUUUCGUUUUUGCUUGUCGUUGCGGUCUAUGUCAUUUACUGGUAUGGGCCUGUCCUUCGCAAGCGAUCGCCUUUCGCCCAGCAAUUGUCCGAUGCACGAGUUGAACUCCAAACCCAUGGUCGAAGACUUUCUCGGAUACCCUCUGGGUCGCGUGCGAACUCCUUUGCUCGGUCUCAGCAGAAUCUGCGCAUCCGUCAGACUCUUGGUAGCCGGGCCAAUAGCUAUGUGGCUUCUCGUCCAGCCUCUGGGGUCAACUCUCGAGUCCAGUCACGCAAGAACAGUUUCUCGCGGUAGGCUUGGGCGUGCGACGAGGAACCAUUUUCUCCCUAUGAUAUUAGUGAAAUGAUUAACGAGCGUUGAUACCCACUUUCUGUGGCGAAGGGCUUCAUCCAUCCUGUUUUGUGUGUCUUGACUCU